GGACAUUCGGGUUCUCCUUAAGCGUGAUGUGCGCCAUGAUGCUCGCCCUCGUCUUCUGUUGCAACCUGAGGAAGAAGUCGCCGGAUAAGUACAUAAUGCUGCUCGUGGUCGCCAUCUGCGAGGCCUACAUGCUCGGGGACAUGAGCUCUUGCAAGGAGGACGUUGACAUGGCCAUUGUGGUCACGAUGACGGUGAUGCUGCUUCUCUCUGUCUUCGCUUUCUGGAUCAAGUACGACUUCUCAGUGCUGGUGGUCUUUGUCGUCGUCAGAGUGGCCGUCCCCGUGCUAUUCUUCGGCUCGGUAGCCAUUUGGUCCAACGCGAUCGUCAACAUGAAGUACAUUUCCCUGUGGCUCGUUCUCUUCAGCUUCUGCGUGGUGAUCGAUAUCCAGCGCAUCAUAGGAAGGAACCAUAUACUCUCCCUCUCCCCGGAUGAGUUGUCCGUGGCCCUCCACUUGCCCUCGCACCAUCCAUGUCUUUAUGUACAUACUCGCGAUCAUUGGAGGACAAGACGCUAA